CGGAAGUUCAUGUUUAGACGUGUUUGUUUAGACUAGACAGUAAAAGGUUUUUAGACAGUAAAAGAUAGACAAUAAAAGGUUUAACUAUGGCGGAGCACACUGUAGAACAAGGAAAAGAAGAAGAGAAAGAGAAGCACAUAUCGAUUCAGAGAGGGUCAGCCUUGUUUCUACCAUGAGGAAGCAGGUGGAACUGAUGUUGUGAUGGAGGACAGUACCCCGGCUGCUUCAAUGGUUACAACAGGUGGAAUGGUUUGUGACAUUAAACAGUUGUCUGCCAGUAGAAGUUGUUGGGAUUUCCAGCCAAGUGAUUGGCAGUCAUCAUUGCUUAACCAGAUUUUGAGUAAAAAUGACAGAGAUGAGACAAUUGCUCAAGUUGGAAGCAUUAAACUGCAGCGAAAAGAUUUCUUGACCUUGGGCCUCAAUGCAGCGCUUGAGGCAACAAUUGCAAACAGCUGUCUUAAUGUGAUCGUCAUGUUGGCUAAGGAAAAGGGAACAGAUGUGUUUGCAGCAAAUUCCUAUGUUGUAGUUACCUGGCUACCACCACUUGAAUUGGACCCAUUUUUAUCGUUUCCAGAUAACAUAGGAUCCAAGGAUUACAUUCUGCUCCCUGCUUGGAUGCCAGGACACUGGAUGCUAUGUGUUCUGAAGCCUAAAAACAAGGCUAUGUAUUUUUUUGAUUCAACUCACCCCUACGGGAUUGGUGAUGUAAAAUAUGUGACUGUCUUCAGGUUGCAUUACAUAUAUAAAUAUUAUGUUCAGAGUUCGCAGUUCAAGGUUUGCUGUUCAAAGUUCGUUGUUCCAAAGUUUGCUCUUCAUUGAUGUUCACUGCUGAUUGUUCUGUGCAUGAUGUUCAUUUGCAUGAUGAUCUGCAUGCUGUUUUUAUUUUCUAAAUUUGAAAUGUUGUUUUUGCAAUUCAGUCAGGGGUAAUUUUUUUUGCUUUAGAGUAAAUAUACUUUGCUUUUUUGUCCAAUUUUUCUGGUUAUAAUAUAUUAAAAUAUUUCUGUUUGAUUUUG